CUAGCCUUUGUGGCUAUGGCAUUGCCCAAUACAAAAACAAGAACUUUCAAUGCCAUUUACGAAAUACAGAAUAUACCUGAAGAUGCCCAGAAGUUCCGCGAAAUGCUCGAGAAGAAUGGUGUUUUGGCUAAGGCUCAGGAGUUAUUGAAAUCUCUGGCUGAUAUGUCUGUGGCGUCUGAUGCCGAUAAUGUUCCGGCCGAUCAGACAGAUGUGAUUCCAGAUAUGUCGGUCGCUUCCGAUGCUUUCGAUAAGAAGAUCCACAACUUCCACAUCCCCAUGAGAUCCGAAAUAUUCCAUGUUUCUGGUCCACAGGCUGUGCAUCAUUUCCAUGCUGUCGGUAUGCCACAAAUGUUCCGUGUGGGUGUACCCCAGAUUUUCGAAUUCCCUAAGCAUCUCCCUGCCCACGCCGAUGCCGAUUUGAUUCCCGACAUCUCCGACGCCUCCGAUGCCGAUGAAACCCCCAAGAAACCUGUCUUUGGCUUGAAGACUCCCCCUAAAUUCUUCAAGGUUGGCGGUCCUCAGGCUGUUUCCGCUGAUGCCGAUUUGAUUCCCGAUAUCUCUGUGGCCUCCGAUGCCGAUGAAACCCCCAAGAAACCUGUCUUUGGCUUGAAGACUCCCCCUAAAUUCUUCAAGGUCGGCGGUCCUCAGGCUGUUUCCGCUGAUGCCGAUUUGAUUCCCGAUAUCUCCGUGGCCUCCGAUGCUGAUGAAACCCCCAAGAAACCUGUCUUUGGCUUGAAGACUCCCCCUAAGUUCUUCAAGGUCGGCGGUCCUCAGGCUGUUUCCGCUGAUGCCGAUUUGAUUCCCGAUAUCUCCGUGGCCUCCGAUGCCGAUGAAACCCCCAAGAAACCUGUCUUUGGCUUGAAGACUCCCCCUAAAUUCUUCAAGGUUGGCGGUCCUCAGGCUGUUUCCGCUGAUGCCGAUUUGAUUCCCGAUAUCUCUGUGGCCUCCGAUGCCGAUGAAACCCCCAAGAAACCUGUCUUUGGCUUGAAGACUCCCCCUAAAUUCUUCAAGGUAGGCGGUUCUCAGGCUGUUUCCGCUGAUGCCGAUUUGAUCCCCGACAUUUCCGUGGCCUCCGACGCUGAUGAAGCCCCCAAGAAACCUGUCUUUGGCUUGAAGACUCCCCCAAAAUUCUUCAAGGUAGGCGGUUCUCAGGCUGUUUCCGCUGAUGCUGAUUUGAUUCCCGAUAUCUCCGUUGCCUCCGAUGCUGAUGAAACCCCCAAGAAACCUGCCUUUGAGUUUAUGGUAGGUGGUCGCCGGGUCUGAAUUUGAUCUGGCUCGCCCUUCCGCCUUAAAGCCAUAUCUAAAUUGAUGUAAAUGUGUGUGUAUUGUAUUCUUAGUAUAUAAUUUUUUUUUGUUUUCAAAGCAGCUUUAAUAAAUUAUAGCAAAAAGUAA